AUGGCACAUCCCAACAUUAAAAUCGACACGAGCGUCCAGGCCACCAAGCGCUCACAUCCGGACAACGAGGAAGGAGCUGAGAUAAUAGAUGGGCCGGAAGAUGACAACCCUCAACUCGAGAUGGCGGAUAAUGAGCUUGUCCCGCCGUUCCUGCGGCAGUCGGUCUUAGACAUUCACCAUAAAUUUGAAGAGUUAGAAUGGAUGCAACGGAUUCGGAUUCUGGAAGCGACCCAAGCUAAUGAUCCUUCGCAUCGUUGGGCGUUGGAGGCCGACCCCAAAGUCAAGGCUAGAAACCGAUAUGCGAACGUACAAGCGUGGGCUAAUUCUCGCAUACAUCUUCGGGUUCCGGAAGGCGAAUGUGAUUUUAUAAAUGCAUCACCCAUCUUGCUCAAAGACUCGGUCUCGCUGGAAGAGAGGAGAUACAUUGCUACGCAGGGGCCCAGGUUGGAUGACGUCUAUCACUUCUGGCAUAUGGUAUUCCACGAGACCGAUGAUGUGGCAGUGAUUGUUAUGCUUACGCAGACGAUGGAAUCGGGCCGUGAGAAGUGCGCCCAAUAUUUCCCGGUCAGUCUUGAAAACCCGUCGAUGCCCCUACGGUGGGACGACAACGAUCCUUUCGUGGAUGGUGAUGAAGACCAAACGGAGGAUGAAGACGUGUUUGGUCAAAUCACUCUCCUGGAAAGCACAUGGAACGCAGAGUGCCGUUCUGAGGUUCGAAAACUUGAGCUUACAUUGGGCUCCGAAUCCAAGACCGUGUGGCAUUUUCUCUUUGCCGGCUGGGCAGACUAUUCUAAACCUGUUGGCGAAGACCGCGAUGCGCUUCUCCAGUUGAUAGAAUUGUCGGCGUCCAAGUCUUCUCCACAGAAUCCGCGAAUUGUUCACUGCAGUGCUGGUGUUGGGAGGACGGGUACUUUUAUCGCACUCGACCAUCUCCUACAAGAACUCGAAUCAGGCGAACUUUUAAAGGCCACUGAUGAAGACAUAGACCCUGUAUUCGAGGCGGUGAACCAACUUCGCGAACAACGAAUGAUGAUGGUGUAUAACGAGAUGCAGUUGGUUUUCAUAUACGAAGUCUUGCGAGAACAGGCCGACCUCAUUCUGGAAAAGACUUAUGACAUCAGUCGUCAGAAAUCCGAUACCAGAUCUGCCAAGAUUGCCAAAUUGUCCGACGAGGAUACCUAUCUGCCAGCUCCUAAACCUGAAUUGGAGCCGACGGAAUGCUACUCUGAUACGGGAACCCCAGGGCAGCCUGAAAACGAGGAAGCACAGUCUUAA